AAGACGUGUUAUUCGCAUUUCAUAUGAGGCACUUCGCGUGUAGUUCCUCCUUCUAUCCAGUUUGAGGAACGGCUCGGUGCUGUGUUGGAACAGUGUAGUAGGAAGGCUGAGCACGGGGAUUUCCUCACUUGCUUGUUUUGUAGGCGGGGAGUUGUUUGCCACUUUCACAAGCAGGCGUUGAGAGGUUGGAGACGGAGUCGCGGAAUGUGAAAACCGUGUAACCUGUGCGGGCUACGUCUGCGGUAGAAAUAGUUUGCCAAGACGUCUUGUGUCCAGUGUCACCGCGCGUCGGGGUGGUUUGUCAACUCAUGCGCUUCUCGCUGUUCAAACCUGCUGCUUCAUCACCUCGCUGUGAACAGGAGCAAGCGCAAGCCGAGCCAGCGGUUUAGCGAGAUCAGACAAACCAUCAGUGCAGGUGGACGCUGCUUUCGUGGCAUGACUACCACAAAUAAGGGAAACAAGGCCUUAAAGGUGAAGCGGGAGCCUGGGGAAAAUGGCACCAGCCUAACAGAUGAUGAGCUGGUGACCAUGUCAGUGCGAGAACUGAACCAGCAUUUGCGAGGGCUGACGAAGGAAGAAAUACUGCAGCUGAAGCAGCGACGGCGUACUCUAAAGAACCGGGGCUAUGCUGCAAGCUGCCGGGUGAAGCGUGUUACCCAAAAAGAGGAGCUGGAAAAACAAAAGGCUCAGCUACAGCAGGAAGUGGACAAGCUGGCCACAGAGAAUGCCAGCAUGAAGGUGGAGCUGGACGCCCUGCGUUCAAAGUAUGAGGCCCUGCAGAGCUUUGCCAGGACUGUGGCCCGCAACCCCGUCACCUCAGCAAGGGGACCUAUGGCGUCUGUCAUAGGCCCCCUCAUUCCUGGUAAAGUAGCUGCCACCAGCGUUAUCACCAUCGUCAAAUCCAAAACGGAGGCUAGGUCGUAGUAGCAGAGAGGUCAGGAGGAAGAUUUUCAAGACUAGUCAGUGCAUUGUAACAUGGUGCAGGAUUACCUGUGUAAGUUCUCAAUUUUACUCUUGGCCCCAACACUAACAAUAUGCUUCCCGAAUUUACCCUCAUAGUAUGAUUCAGCACUACAUACUUGUCAACUGAUGUAUUGUGCGUGGUUGUGUGGGGGUGAUUUUGAAUUAGUGAUACUGAAACGUUUAAAAAAGUGAACUUUGCUUACAAAUAUUCAACAAGACUGUAUUGGAGGACAUCAAAUCCAGACUGCUGUUUGCUUGUUGCUUUUGAUAAGAUGAUGUAUUUAAUAUAUGUUUCUUCAAGACUGGGAUCUUAAGUCUUUUCCGUCCUAAGAAUUGGCAUUUUAUAGAGUCUCCCAGGUGAUCACAACUAAUAAAAUAAUAAAUUACACAGUUUAUUCCUUGCCCAUUCCACAAUACAGACAGUAGAAAGAGCCAGCACAAAUUCCACUAUAAGUCCCUUUGCUUGUUAUUAUGCACUGACUUAAUUUAUGAGAAAUGACAAAUGGUCACUAACUCUUGGUCUUAAUGUUACAGGUGUCUUUAAAACAACCUGACUAACCCAAAACUAGUAAAUUACUCCAAUUUGUGAUUUUGUUGGUUGUCUGUCAAGAAUAUAAGCAUGAAAUAAUGCUCCUACAUGUAGCAUUAAUUUCUGUUUAUGCAUUUGUGACAGGCUUCAGUGAACUUGUCAUCAUCAAUAUGACUAGUAGAUGCAAUAAUAUAUGUAUGCACUGAAGAUACAAAGAGGUCUUGCAUAUUUAUGGUUAAGUGGAAACUAUAAAAGUGAUCAGCAGUUCUUAACGAUGUUGUUCCAGAGCUGAGUGCCAUUCUGAUAUGACAAGAUUCUUCUACAAUAUCUGAAAACCUGAAUGUUAUUACAGUAAUAUCCUCAUCUUUUGUGGGGACCGUGAAAUCCACAAACAUUUUGAAACAUAAUUUUUGCUCAUAGAGAAAAUUUGUUGUUUUUGUUUAAAAGAUAUAUAUAUUGCAUUUUUUGUAAUUACUUGUUGACAGGGCCGUCAGAUAUUUCCAAAAGAAAAUCUUUACACAAGCUUUACUGUUUGAAUUGUUAAGGUGUAGAAAACUUUGUCUAAUGUUGAGUUCUUGGUUUUUAUUACUAGGUAGAUUACCUUCCAUUGUUUAUAGAAAUACAGAAAAAGAAAAAAUAAAAAAAAAAAAUCCUGUGACAUCUUUUUGCAAUUGUACCGAAAGUGGCUUACUAUUGAAGUCUGAUAGCUUUUUCUAGUGACUAGGCGCGUACUGUGGGGUAGCGCGUGAUGUGAUGUGUAAGUGACAAGUUGGCAGUGUCGUUCACUGUAUAGAUGUCAAUGCUGUGCUAUUUAAAACAAAUCUGUAGAGCUAAACUAGAUGGUGUAAACAAGGUCAGUUGUCUUUGUGCGUAUUGGCAUCUGUGAUAUCCUCCGCUUCCUUGGUGUUAGUUACGAAUCAUAUUGUCAUUAAGAGUUUACCACAUUGAGCCAUGUAAUUUGGUGAAAUGGCAUUAGUGAACAUUAAUUCAAAAGACUUUUGAAGCUUAAAGCGAUACUGAGUAAUGGUUGCACCUGGUGCUGGAUGCCCUCCAAAUACAUCCCCCUGUAACCUGAAAGUAAAUGACUUCAUUACUGGUUAGAUUUAAUUAUCAUAUUCAUUCCAGCUGCUUACUUGGUGUAAAUUAGAUUGCAGGGAUAGAGUGAAUAACCCAUAAAAAUUAUCUUUUGCCAGACUAAAUGAAAAAACUGUUUUACAGUUUACCUGUGGAUGUGUUUUUUUUCUCCAAAUGUUGACAGACCUUGCAGUUUCUCAUGAUAUAACAAUAAGAUUGCAUUAUUAAACUUCAGAAGGUACACCACUGUUGUGAAAUUAACUACCAGUCUUCAGAAAAAGCGGAAGGGUUUGUAUGCACUAAGCUCCUGCUUGUUUUGCUCAGGACAAAACAGGUUGCUAAAAAUGAACAAACCAUUCCAGGUGAGAAGCAAGGAGGCAGGGAUGGCAGCUCAGUUUUUUUUUGUUCUCUUUUUUAAUAAUAAGCAUGUCAUAAAGGGCUUCAAUCCACACUUAGAAAGAGACACAGCAUGACCACGUAGAAUUACAAUCAACAACAGCUGCCAGCAGUGCUCCUUCUGUGCCAAGUGUUGCAUCACUCUCCUGGUCCUCUAAAAGGAAUUUAACACUGAAGCAGCUCUGCACCUCAAGGUGAAAGUAGUUGUGUAAUGACAUUAACAGAAUGCACUUCAUCCAGAUCUCACUCUCCUGCUGGUCAGAACAUCUUAUAUUGUCGGGGGAGGUGUUAAUCAGCAGUCACUCUCAAAACUACGUCUCAGCAAAAACUCUAUGCCAGAGAUCUGGGUGCUGGUUAUAGUGUCUGUGUGCAAGUAUCCUAUCCUCACUUUGUCAACAUGCUUAGCUAUCUGCAUUGACUGGGGUAACUGUGGGAAAAUAUAUAUCUGACUCUUGACAUAGCCCAGUAUUGAUGUUGGCGUCCUUAUUGCUGUGGCAGUCUUGUGGAGUGAAUCUUUUUCGUGUCAAGUGUCUUUAAGGUGUUCGAGUGGCACUGUUGACCAAUCUCUCAAUCUCCUCUAGAGAUGAUGACUCUCUUUCUCACACAUACAGGUGUAUAGUAUGUAGCUACAGUAGGUAUUAAUGACCAUUGUGAAAAAGUGACCCUUAAUAUGCAACUCAGUGGAAAGGUGUGAAAGAGUAGACGUACGAGUAAUCAAUAUUGUCAAAGUUACUAUGGUCUGUUAUUUAUAAUUCUUGCUGUUUUGUAGGGGUUUUUUUUUUUUUUGGUAAAAUGUGUUUUUAUUUUUCCCUCACAUUUUGCAUCAUUUCAUGGAAGAGCAAUUGGCCCUUGUUUAUAGUAGCUAACGUGAUAGUGAGCAGUGUUUUAAAGGAAUCACGGGACCGUUGCACUCAAGCCUUACUCAGUUACUCUGGUCUUAAAUUAGCUGAUCCAUAAAUUGAACUUGGAUAUCGACAAAGAUAUUGCUAAUAUAUAGAUGUUUGUGCACUAAGUGGAUGUUACAUUAUAUUCUGUCACAAGGGCCACUUGCAAUAUGUUAUUUUUUUUUUUGUUGGUAUACCCGUUUGUGUGUGUGUCGGUAUGUGUGUGUGUAUGUAUGUGUGUUUUUGUACAACUGAGGUUUCUCUGCUGCUACACCAGUCAUUAAUGCUCGUCAUUUGCUGUAGCAUCAUCCACAGCAUUUCUGUUCUCAUCUUGUGUCGAGUGUGUAUUUGAAAUUGAUCUUAACACUGUAAUUUGUUCUGCAGAUUUAAUUGAAGUUUUAAUUGGUUAUGGCUUUUUCUUGUGUGUUUUGUUUUUGUUUUGUUUUUUACAAGCAACAUGUAAGAGAGGAUAAAUAACAGCACUUGAAUGGCAGUUGUAUUUAGUAGCUCUCAAGACAUUGGCUUUUUUCAUGAAAUUAUGCUUUGUAAACGGUUGACUGUGCAGGUUUUUCCUUCUUACUCUAUGGAGUGGGUCUGUGUUUCAAAGGUAUACAAAUCUGACUAAAGCGAGUAAUACAAAGUUAAUAACCUGUUUUGUUAUUUUUUCUGUAUGGGUUGUAAUAAAAUAUUGCAGUACUUUGUAUGAAAACAGACAAUAGUUAAUUGUAACUAUUUAUAAAUUAAAUUAUUGUACUUUUUGCAAUCUGUAGAUAAGUACUAUGUAUUCAUAUAUACAGUAACAACUGUGGAUUUAAACGUGAUUCUCUGAGGUGUCUAAGUUAUUGAUGUAUAUAUUGUAUGUUUGUUGAUACAGCUUACUUUAUUUUCUAUAAGACCAAUAAAAUGUUUUGGAAAAGGA